CCCUCGGCUGCUCCAGCCCGCUAACCUUCACCGACCUUCCCAUACCGAGAAACGCCGCCCAGACUCUGUAUAUAAGGCGUCUCGCUCUCUUUCCGGACACACUGCUUUCUCUGCCAACAUGAAGUUCGUAGUCCUCGCCUGCCUGGUCGCUGUCGCCGCUGCAGCUCCCCAGUUGCGACCUGUUGAGAUCCUCCUAGACGAACGUACACAAGGCACCGAUGGCUCCUUCAGCUACACUUACGAGGCCGAGAACGGCAUCGCCAUGGACGUCUCCGGCAGGCCGGGGUCUGAGGGCCAGAGCAACAUGCAGGGCUCUUACAGGUUCACCCUCCCUGACGGUACCCUCGCUGAGGUUCGCUUCUUCGCCGACGAGAACGGUUACCGCGCCGAGUCUCCGCUCAUCCCACCGGUGCCUGCCCACGCUCAGGAGCAGAUCCGCAUCGCCCAGGAGCAGCGCGAGCAGGGCAUCACCUUCCCGUAACAUGACACAACUCUGAGGCGCGGGCGGCUCUCUAUCACAUAAAAAGGCGCAGAAAAUCCUCAUUAUGAACCUUCGUGGUGAGGCCUGUACACAAACCCUUCAUCGACAACAUGAAAAAUAAAAACUUUAAGCAACAGUAAGAA